GAUCUAGUCUUCGGCACUCUCUGUUGAAGAUCUGAGCUCGAUUCUUUUCAUUCUUCAACUUCAUAAUCGCACUCGCGACCAGGACGAUCACGACCACUCCAAUCCGCGUCUCCUUCGCGCUGGACGCCGCGCUGGCACGAAGCCUCGAAUUGGCGCCACGAUGUUCGGAAUAACUUCAGUGUUCACAAUCGCGAUAGUAGCGCUAUCAGGCCUAGCAAGAGCACAUACCGUAAUCACAUAUCCGGGAUGGAGAGGGAAUAACCUGCACACGAAUGGCACAGCGCCGCAAUUCAAUCCUGCGACAAUUGGAAUUGAUCACAACGAUAAUGGCACUUGGGGCUAUCCAUUCGGCAUGCAGUGGAUGUAUCCUUGCGGAGGCAUGGGACUGACAACCAACCGAACUCGCUGGCCUGUCGGAGGUGGAGCUUUAUCAGUACAGCCCGGAUGGUUCCCAGGACAUUCAAAGGCAUUCUUCUAUGUCAACAUUGGUAUUCAAGAGGAAGGACAGAUGGCGCCGCCCAACUACUCGCACCCAGUCGUGCCGCCAUUUGAAGUGACAGGACCAAGCAACAGCCAGUAUCCAGGACAAUUCUGUUUGCCUCAAGUGCGCAUGCCGGCCAACGUAUCCUUAUCGCCUGGCCAGAACAUCACGAUUCAAGUGAUCGAAACAGCGCAGCACGGAGCCGCUCUAUACAGUUGUGUGGACGUGACUCUGGAAGAAAACGGAAGCCCACAAGUCGAAGAAGUCACGCCACAAAACUGCUACAACUCCUCAAAUCUCGGCUUCCAGCAAGUCUUCACGACGGAAGCGCUUACCGCAGGAGCAUCCUCCUUAGCAGCACCAUCAACGGUCCUCGCAUUGACAGUCAUGGUCGCAACGGCUCUUUUCACCCUAUCAUAGACCUCAGAACCGAAAAAUUUCACGACGCAGACGACCAUCGAUUCCAGAAUUCUUUGUGCAUAUUACGGCGAGACUUUGUGAGAACUAGAGGCAGGCAGGAAUUUCUCCACCAGAUGAUAUCCAAGGGGAAGGCGGGCAAUUACAAUUUACCGGCGUUUAUUGUGAAGUUAAUGUGUAAAAGCGCUGCUUUGGAAGCGCUUCACAUUGCCGGCUUGGCAGCAUGAACAUGAGAAAUGGAGAGUCAC